AUGGCCGCAGCAUCCCGUCCAACACCAACAAACCCAAAACCAGCCGAUUUUGGCCCCAACGUACACAUCUUCGAUCCGUCCAUGCCCAUGGCUGACAUAACCUCGACCAUAGCACCCAUCUUCCAGAGUCAAGACACGAACCAAUUUGGUCCGGGGCGUCAAGCAUAUUUCUUCAAACCAGGAUCGUACAAUCUGAGUGUAGACGUUGGUUACUACAUGACUGUGCACGGGUUGGGUCACUCACCUAAUGAUGUGAAAAUCACUGGUGGUGUGCAAUCGUUGGCAACAAGUACCCAAGGCUUGGCUCUGAACAGUUUCUGGCGCGGCGUCGAGAAUCUAUCCAUCGUGCCUACUACCAAUGGCGACAUCAGCGGCUGGGCGGUCUCGCAGGCCACCUUCUUACGCCGGGUGCACAUUAUUGGCGGACAGCUUUUUCUCUUCGACUGGCGCUAUCCAACGAACUAUUCCAGUGGCGGCUUCAUUGCAGACUCACUUAUUGACAAACAAAUCAUCUCCGGUUCCCAGCAGCAAUUCUUAACUCGCAACACGACUCUCACAAACUGGAAUGGGGGUGUCUGGAACAUGGUCUUUGUAGGCGACGACCAACCUCCUUCCGGAUCAUGGCCCGAUCAGCCUUUCACCGUGGUAGAGAAGACCCCUGUCAUCCGUGAGAAGCCCUAUCUCAUCUUCGAGAAUGACUACGCGGUGCAAGUUCCCAACGUCAAGAGGGGCAGCCAGGGUACAAGCUGGUCCAAUGUCCCUGACUCUGCCACAACACUACCAAUCAGUCAAUUCUACAUCGCCAAAGCAGCGACAGACACCGCCGAUUCCAUCAACGACGCCCUGCAUCAAGGCUACCACUUGAUUUUUACGCCAGGUGUCUAUCACCUCUCCAGAAGCUUGGAGGUCCAAUACCCCAACACCGUGAUCUUGGGUCUCGGAAUGGCUACAUUGGUCCCUGACAGCGGCACGCCGGCCAUGGUCGUCGACGACGUCGGCGGCGUAUCAAUCAGUGGGAUCAUCUUCGAUGCAGGUCCGAUUCGGACCUCCCAACUUCUGGUAAUAGGAGGCGCAAGCAGUGCAAGUGACCACAACGCAAAUCCCACGGCUCUGUUCGAUAUUUGCUGCCGCGUGGGAGGCGCAGCAGCAGGUUCGACACUGAACUGCGUCACCAUUCACUCCAAUAACGUGAUCCUCGACAACAUCUGGCUCUGGCGCGCCGACCACGGCAAUCCUGGCGCCGUUGGCUGGACGGUCAAUGCGGCUGAGAAUGGGCUGACAGUGGAAGGCCACGACGUCAUCGCCUACGGCUUGUUCGUUGAGCACUUUCAAAAGCUCCAGACAGUUUGGAACGGCAACGGUGGACAGGUCUACAUGUACCAGUCCGAGAUCCCGUACGAUCCCCCUGACCAGUCCUCGUGGCAACAGCCUACUGGAAGCAAGGGCUAUGCAUCGUACAAAGUAGGUGAUCGGGUUAGCUCCCAUACAGCCAAGGGCCUUGGGAUCUACUGCAAUUUCAACAACCAGGUCGAGCUCGACAACGCUAUCGAGGCACCAACAGGCCCGGGCAUUCAGUUGAAUCAUUUGACUACGCAGUGGCUUGAUGGGAAGCCGUUCAGCGCCAUCAACCACAUCAUCAAUGGGACUGGUGAUCGCGUGUACGACAAUGGACGGAAUUUGAAUGCAAAGUCAACUACUUGA